AUCAGAAUUUUCAAGAGUUCAGUCAGUCAUCGUGUUCUCGCUCUCCCGUCAACCAUCGUUUCCCAGUGGGCAGUGGGGGGAGAGAGAGAGAGAGAGAGAGAGAGAGAGAGAGAGAGAGAGAGAGUUCUAUUCGCUAUUCGCUAUUCGCUUUUUGAUUCACUUCCCUGGUGCUGAUUUUGACAUUAUCAUUUCUCGGUCCUUAUUCCACGCCCAUUAUUGCCCUCCUCCCCCUCUCUCUAUAUCUCGUGGUGUUUCUCCUUCUCUCAUACUUUGAAAAUUCAUUCUUGCUUUUUCCUUCUCUUGUAUUGGAAUCUGAAGCCGAUCCACUUCAAUUUUGUUGUCUUGAAGGAAACCCAUUUCUCGUGUUCUCCAUUUCAUGUUGUUGAGCUGUGAGGAAAGGGUUCGAUCUGAGGCAAACCCGGAAUUGAAUUUGGCCAUUCAGCCGGAGAGCCCCAGGUUUUGGUUCGAUCUUCGUUGCCUAAAUCCGGUAAGCUUGUGCUUCAUCGAUUUUGAGGACAGGGUCUGUCGGAAUUUGCUUCCAAUUUAAUCCCGAUUGUUGUCGGUAACACGAAUUUUGUCGAUACCCAUUAAAAUUUGUGUGGAAUUACACAUUCGUGAAGCUUCUUUCUGGUUUAGCCUCAGAGAUUUUUCAGUGAAUCGAGUUAGCGAUACAUGAAGGUUGGUGAUGUUUCGUCUGAAUCGUCAUGUGCCCCUCCUAGCUUGCUUCUCUCACUUCAUGACGAUGUAUUUGCUAUCAUCUCCCGCUCUCUUUCGCCGAGGGACAUUUGUAAUCUCAGCUUGUGUUGCAAAAGCCUCUGUGCCCUUGUGGCCUCCGACAAGAUUUGGCUUUCACAAUGUGAAGCCGUAGGAGUUCUGUCUCUGCGUGAAGUUGUCGACUGGGGGAUUGGUAUCUCCUCCUACAAAUCCCUUUGUCGAUUUCUUGUCAAGGUGAAGCCUUUGAUUGGCAUUUGGGUUCACCAAAAUCCUGAACUGGGGAAUGUGGUUUAUGUGAUGCCUGGUUUUCUGUCUGUUGUCGGGUGUCGGAUAAUUCCGCAGGAGGUCGGACCAUUGGGGAUUCAUGAAGGCCCCAUUCUUUGGGCACCCGUCUUCGAAAUUAUAAGCGGUUUUGAUGGUUCAACCGGUUUUUUCCUUCACGGGAGAGAAAACGAACGUUGUUGCUUGUAUCCCGGUUCUAUUAAAGCCAUUGAGAAGAACUGCAAUAUACUUUUGCUUGAGGUUGAGCCGAAGCGACAAAGGGAUUGGGAUCAGUUGUUACACUGUAAAUCUUGUGCUCCUCAUUCCGAAAGAGAAGCCUCAGGAAAGGUUUGUAGGUCAGAUAGCGUGCUGUCUAGAUCUCAGAGGGCAGCAUUUGGAAAGAACGACUCUCGGGUUCCGUUUAGCAAGCUAGCUUUUAGUGAUAGGAGAAAGUUGCUCGAAAGAGUCACCAGCCAUGUGGGAUUACUUGUACCCGAUUCAUUAAGCGGGCCGUUGUUUCCUAGGUCGAGAGACGAUGUCGAAAAUUUUCAGAGAGAUAAACUGAUGUUGUUGGAACGCAGAUCCGCGCUCCUUAAAAUGCAGAAGUUUGGUGGCAGUUGGAACAUCAUGAACUUGGAGGAUGAAUUGCAUUACGAUCCUACACAGGUAUAUGGAAAUGUGAUACGGAAGGAUUUCGAUAAUGGCGGAGGUUUUCCCAGGUCCCACAACAGCAAUGACGAGAGUCUGGUACAGAGCACGGGUAGGAAAAGCUUUAGUGGGUAUUUCAGAAAUAGCAUCAAGAAUAUUCUCGGGAAGUCGACUUCGAGUAAUGGCAAUCAUGGCCAUGGGACUUCAAAGAAUACAUCUUCGAGCAGCGAGAUUAGGUAUGCAAACCUCCAUGACUUUCUUAGCUCCGGCGAAUCAGUAGGUCUCAGUCUAGAGGCGUCCACUACCAAGCUUUCUUCUUAUCGGGCUUGGCCUAACAUGCAUGACAGCCGAUUUGCACUUUAUAAACUACCGAUUAGGCUUCCAAGAGACGACCAAGAAUAUGCCGGUUUGUGGGGAGGAACCUUUGGUUGGCCUCCGGGAAAACCCUCGGAAGACAAACCAGGCAAAGCUCUUUUCUUACUUCUACUCUCUUACGAAGAAUCCCAAGGGGAGAGGCUUCUCAUUGCGACAAAGAUACUGGAAGGCACUCAUUAUGUAUUGCAUCCUAAUGGAUCGGCCAUGUUCAUAGUGAAUAUCGACAUGCCUUCACCCGAGCCAUUUCCUUGGGACAUUGAUGGAGAUUCUCUUCCGGUUAUUGUCGAGCAUGCUUUCUCGGGAGAGGGUAUUGCAAAUGGGUAUGGUUUCAGAUAUCCCGGUGCGAAACCCGGUACCCUUUUCGUGACUGACAACGGCCUUCUCGCGUUCAUUUGGAAGGAAUCUAGAGCUGUCUUGACAUUGCAAAGACUUGACCUGCAAGAGCUUUUGAAGAAAGGCGACCGUUUGCAGCCUUUGCCCCCAAUUCUGAAUUUCACUUAUUUGACGAAGUCAUACUCCAAUGUGUUCACUGGCUAUGCAAAUUCCUCCUCCCCAAGGCAAAGAACAUCUCUGGAAACGCGUCCGUCCAAGUAACAAGUUUCCGAAGCCUCAAUGCUAAUAACCGAGGCUUGGAUGAGAAAAGAAAAGGGGUUUCGAAGGGAAUAGCCGAGCGAAUUUUCGUACAAGACAGCAGAAGAUUGUUCCUUACAUUCACACUCAUGAAACUCAUAUUUGUGAGUUAGCGUCUACUAAUUAAUCGCCUCAUGAUCUGUGCAUGAAUGAUUGUUUAAGAACAAGCUUUUAGUUCGGUUCCUUGUGAACACGACAUAGCCGACUCGUAGCGGGUUGUCUUAACAAAGGCAUAGUGCCACCGAUGUAAUGUUUGUGUUCCGAUGUUUGUCCGACUUGGAAAUUCACAGUGUUACAUUUCGAUGUAGAAAUUAUUAUGGA